AUGGAUGUGUUUGGGGGCGCCCCGCGGUUCCUGGCGUACCCGCGGCCCGUGCUGGUGCAGAGCGGGGCUGACGCGGUCCUCAAGUGUCAGAUCGGAGGCGACCCAAGACCUGCUGUGAUCUGGGAGCGCAACAACGACACCAUCAAGGCGCGGGGUCGGUACCGUGUGUUCGAGGACGGUAACGUGUACAACCUGAUCAUCGCCGCGGUGACGGUGGAGGACAGCGGGCAGUACAUCUGUAAAGCCAAGAACAGCAUCGGAGAGACGUACGCCGCCGCCACCCUCAAGGUGGAGGGGGAGGCGCAGGAGCAGGAGCUGAGGGAAGAGAACAAGCCUCGCUUCCUCAUCAAACCACUGUCCACCAGAGCAGGGAGAGGGGAGGACGCUGUGUUCUCCUGCAAGGUCUGGGGAAACCCAAAGCCUGAUGUGGUUUGGGAGAAAGACGGUAAGAAGCUGACGGAGAUCUUCGAGAGCACUCACUUCAGCGUUGGCUCUCAGGACGGAGGCUGGUUCCAGCUCAAGAUCUUCAAAACACGAGCCCCAGACGGAGGGGUCUACACCUGCACGGCCAGGAACGAGUUUGGGGAGGAGCUGGCGGGGGCCGUCCUCCUGGUGGACGCAGGACCAGGGCAUGAGGACGAGGGACAGAGAGGAAACGGCUACACUAACGGUCAGUGGAAGUCCGGUGGUGGUCGCGGCGGCGGCCGAUCGGCACCAAACCGAGUGGGCGACACGGUAACGAAGACAGCGAAGGUGAAGAUGUUCGCCGUGACUGAGGGGAAGCACGCCAAGUUCCGCUGCUUUGUGACGGGAAAACCCAAACCCGAGAUCAUCUGGAGGAAGGACGGGCGGCUGAUCCUCUCCGGGAGGCGGUAUCUGCUCUACGAGGACCGCGAGGGAUACUUCACGCUCAAAGUACUCUACUGCAAACAGAAGGACAAUGGAGUCUAUGUGUGCGCCGCCUCCAACACAGCGGGACAGACUCUGAGCGCCGUGCACCUGACCGUGAAGGAGCCUCCUGUCCGGUUCAAACAGCCGCUGAUCGACCUGGAGGUGUGGGAGCGGGACUUGGCCGUGUUGGAGUGUGAGGUACCAGAAGACUCGGUCCCCAUCACCUGGUACCUGGAGGACCGCAGGCUGCAACCAGGGGACAAGUACGGCAUGGAACAGUGGGGGACCAAGAGGAGACUGACCAUCAGAGACAUUGGGGUCGACGACGACGGAAUCUACCUGUGCGAGCUGCCGGACGGGGGGAGGAGCAUCGCUGAGGUGGCUGUGAGAGGCACCAUCUUGAGGAAGCUCCCCCGCAAGGUGGACGUGCUGGAGGGGGAGAACGCGGCGUUCUGUGUGGAGGUGGAGAAGGAGGAGAUGGAGAUCCACUGGUACAAAGACGGCGUGGAGCUGAAGGAGACGCACCAGACCAUCCUCAAGUCCUUCGGCCGAACGCACAUCCUCGUCUUCGUCAACACCAACCCCCAGGACACGGGCCAGGUCAUGUUCUACGUGGACCGCUCCAAGACCAGCUCCCAGCUCAGGGUCAAAGCCGCCCGCCACAGCCCGCCCAGCGCCCCGGUCUCGGUGCAGAUAAACACGGAGAGGGCGAACGCGGCGCUGCUGUCCUGGGUCCCGGCGGGGGACUGCCGUAAGAACCCUCCGUCGGGGUACGUGCUGGAGCGGCAGGAGGUGGGCACCGGGUCGCAGGAGUGGCUGCAAUGCCUCACCACAGACUCAGCGCGGUCUGUGGAGAUCCUGGGGGACAGCGUUCCCUGUGAGGCAGACUUCAGGUUCAGGAUCUGCAGCCUCAACAAGUACGGCAAGAGCGCCAACGUGGAGUUCCCCAGGACCGUGCAUCUGGUCCCUGUGGCCAGGAUCCAGGCCCCGCUGCAGGAUGCCCUGGUCCCUGAGGGCCAGGAUGCGAUCUUCUCCAUUGAGCUGACAGCGUCUGUGAUCGGGACCUGGUUCCUGAACGGGACUCAGAUCCAGGAGGACGAGAGGUUCUCAACGCGCCGCACACGUACGCACCAGUCACUCAGGAUCCGAGGCGUACGCGACUCCGACAACGGGGCCGAGAUUACCUUCAUUGCAUACGGGAUCCGGGACUCUGCCGCCCUCUACAUCCAAGCUCCUCUGGUGAAGUUCUCUUCUUUGUCGGAGAUGGACAGGAACAAGUUUGUGGAGAUGGGGAACCCGAUCGUGCUGUACUGCGAGCUGUCGGACCCCGCGGCGCCCGUGCACUGGUACAAGAACGGGGUGGAGAUUCAGACCAGCGAGGGUCUCCACAUCCAAUCGGAGGGCACCAUGAGACGCAUCGUCAUCCAAUCAGCAGAGUUCUCCCACUCCGGCGUGUACUGCUGUGACGCCAUCGAUGACGUCAUCCGCUUCAACGUGGAGGUGGAAGCUCCCCCGGUGCGGUUCUCGUCGGUGGCCGAGGCGGACAGGGCCCGGCGUGUCCCCUGUGGUCGGCCCCUGGUCUUACAGUGUGAGGUGUCAGAGGAGGGGGCUCAGGUGCAGUGGCUCAAAGACGGCUCUAAGGUGCUUCCUCACAGCGACCUGGACCUGAGGUCCGAGGGCAGACUCCGGACUCUGCUGAUCCCAGAGGCUCAGACUCACCACUCUGGGCUCUACACCUGCAAGACUAAAGGAGACUCUGUCAGCUUCUCUGUGGACGUCACAGCUCGGCCCGUGCUCUUGACCUCCCUGGACACAGCCCGAGCCCUGUGCGUUCCCCUGGGUCUCCCUGUGAGGCUGCAGUGCUCGGUGUCUGAGGUGGGGGCGCCAGUGCAGUGGUUCCAGGACGGCAUGGAGCUCGGGGCACAGGCAGGUUGCCAGAUGUGGGCAGAAGGCAGCACCCGGGCCCUGUGCAUCCCCGCGGCAGAGAUGACCCACGCCGGUGUUUACACCUGCACCACGGGCGACGACUCGCUGGACUUCACGGUGGACGUGCAAGCUAUCCCUGCGCCCACUGUCUUUGAGCGGACGAGGUCUCUUGAGGCGGUCGAACCCCUGGAGCUGGAGUACGAGGUCCCAGACUCCGCCGUUUCCAUUUGCUGGUUCAAAGACAACGUAUCGCCACUGCCCCCAAUGCGAAAACACGUCAUUCGGAAUGAGCCUAAAGUCACAGAAAGAGAAAUUCACGUUGUUUCGUCCGCGGAGAUCUUGCAUUCAGGGUUAAACCGCUGUGAGACCGAGGAUGACGCUACUGUCCCCGUCUCUGUGCAUCAGAAAGCGGAGAAGACCGGUCCGAGCGUGGGGCCCACAUCCAUCGUUCAGCAGUUUGAAAUCUCCGAUCCCGUGGCCAGAGCCCGUUGGUACAAAGACGGGACUCCGAUCGGCGCAGAGAUAGAGAACCUCCUUGAUGUCAGAACCCCAACGGCGGCGCCCCAAGACCAGGAGAGGAACUGGGCCAGAGAGACGAGGAGCCAAGAGCAACGGGGCUCAAAGGAGGAGAGGCUAAAGACCAGGACAGAGAAAGCAGACCAAGAACAUACAAGCAGGAGCAAGAAUAUAGAAGAAGACAAGCUAGAGCUGGAGAGGCUAGAGCUGGAGAGGCUAGAGCUGGAGAGGCUAGAGCUGGAGAGGUUAGAGCUGGAGAGGCUAGAGCUGGAGAGGCUAGAGCUGGAGAGGCUAGAGCUAGAUAGACUAGAGCUGGAGAGACUAGAGCUGGAGAGGCUAGAGCUGGAGAGGCUAGAGCUGGAGAGACUAGAGCUGGAGAGGCUAGAGCUGGAGAGGCUAGAGCUGGAGAGGCUAGAGCUGGAGAGGCUAGAGCUGGAGAGGCUAGAGCUGGAGAGGCUAGAGCUGGAGAGGCUAGAGCUGGAGAGGCUAGAGCUGGAGAGACUAGAGCUGGAGAGACUAGAGCUGGAGAGGCUAGAGCUGGAGAGGCCAGAGCUGGAGAGGCUAGAGCUGGAGAGGCUAGAGCUGGAGAGACUGGAGGCAAAGGCCCCAGAGAGACUUCUCAAAAAGAACAAGGUAAAUGAGAAGAAGAGACCAUAUGAGGAGGAUAAGGCAGAGAGUGCAGAGGAACAGAGCCUAGGCGACAGGUGGAACAGGACCAGAGAGAUGAGACCUGGAGAAAGAAGUCCUGAACAAGAGGAGAAAAGCACUAAGGAGAAAAAUCCAGGGGGACCUGGCCUAGGGGCUGAGGGUCCAGAGGAUGUUUCAGAGAAAGAGCCUCUAAAGCAGGUCUCCUCUUCACUGCUCAAAAGCUCUGUCUGCAGCAGAAGAAAACCAGUGACCAAACACACAGAAGCAGAGCAUUCCAGACAAACUGUUCCCUCUCUGCUGAGCUCAAAGGCAGUUUCACUGAAGAAACCAAACUAUCUGCUAAAGACAGACACUGAGUCUGUCUCCAAUGGUGUCUGCAGGAAGGUCCCUCUUCAGCUCCUGGAAGACUCUCUGUGGACAGACGCUGCUGAUUCUGCUGUGACACUAACUCAGCACGGCACGGACAGGUUCAGCUCCGCUGAGGAGGACUUUAUCUACUUCACUCAGCUCAGACAGUCUCUGGAGGAUGGCAGGUCGGCCGCAGUGUCUGCUCAGUCCAACAUGCUCCAACAGACACUGAUCAAACCUUCUGUGACUGAGGUUCUACAUCCACAGAACUCUCCCUCCGCUGAGGCCUGCAGGUCUGAGCUCCACACUGUCGACAGCUUACACUCUGGCCCUGGAGCUCACAGACACUUUCCCAGAGGCACAGACUCUGGCAGGGGUCAGACUCCGUUAGAGCAGUCUGGACUCACAGCACAGAGCUCUUCAGUCCGAUGGGAGGAGAGAAGACCUGCAGCUGAAGAGCAGAUGUCCAUUCAAACUAUGGCAGACCUGAACCAUGUGGAGCUGCGUCUGUCACAGAACUAUGAGAACCUCCUUCAGACGACAGAGACCUGCAGAGACCUCAGUGACUGCAGCAUCCAGGAGUUUAGAACAAACAACGUUCAGCUGAAAGAACCCUCUUCAGAGACUGCUCUGUGUUCACAGCUUAGUGAAGUUCAGGGCAGAUACAGUGCCCCCAGUGGUCAGACACAUCCUUGCAGCUCCCACAGUGUCGUCAGUGACAAUCUCCGCUUUGCUCGACCGAACCAGAACCUCUGGUCAGGGUCACAGCCAUCACAGCUCAUGUCACCACAGAGAACAGACCUCCUCCAGUCAGACCUCCUCCAGAGAGACACAGAUGGUCUCUUCUUCUCUGGACAGAGGUUGCACGCAGCAGCUGAUCAGAUAAAACCGUCUAAAGAAACAUAUUUCUCUAAGAGUAUUGGAGAUCACAGCGGUGACAGAGCGAAUCCGGGUUCUAAAGCCCCCGUCAGCCUCAACGCCCUGGGGGAGACACAGAGGUCAUGUGACGCGGGCCAGGACAUAGACCUGACCUGCGAGGUGUCCGACCCCAGAGGGACCGUGACCUGGUCCAAGGACGGGGCUCUGGUUUGUGAGGGACCGGACUUGAAGAUUCUCUGCGAUGGUUCAAUGCGCAGUCUCAGCAUCGCUGCAGCUGCCCCAAGGCAUUCUGGGACCUACGGCUGCCACACGGACAGCCGCUGCGUGGUCUUUGAGGUGGAGGUCAAAGCCCCUGUGCUCAGGUUCAGCGCUCUGCCUGAGGCCGAGCUCUGGAAGAGUGUGGUGCAGGGCCGGCCGCUGGCUCUGCAGUGCGAGCUCUCACACGCACAUGGUCAGGUCACAUGGUACAAAGAUGGGGCGGAGCUUCUGGCCAACAGCGGAGUGGGUGUCCAAUCAGAGGGCCAGAGAAGGAGCCUGUAUGUGGCGUCUGCUCAGCGGCAGCACUGCGGCGUGUACCGCUGUGAAUCCAAAGACGACCACGUCCAGUUCACCGUGGAUGUGCGAGAGCCCACGGCGAGAGCGGCGAGGUUCUUAGAGCUCAGAGACGCAGACAGGAAGCAGAAGGUUCCAGAAGGUUCUCCGCUGGUUCUCCGGUGCGAGCUCGGCCAGGACCAUGCCGCUGAGGUCACCUGGUCCAAAGACGGGGAGGGGGUGGACCCCGAGGCUGAGGUGGAGGUGGAAGGAGUGGUGCGUCAGCUGAGGAUCCAGUCGGCCUCAGCUCGGCACAGCGGGGUCUACACCUGCUCCACCCAACACCACCAGGUCCAGUUUCAGGUGGACGUCAAAGGUGAUGGAGCAGAGGGUGAAGAGAGCGAGGGAUGGGACGAAAGCCUGGGUUUAGGCAGAGCUCGCCUGUUGCCCACGACUCUGUCAGAGAGGCACAGACUGGUGCGUGCGGGGGCUCCCAUAGUGCUGCAGUGCCAGGUGUCUGAGGUCGCGGCUCAGGUCACAUGGUCCAAAGAGCGCGUGGAGCUGUUCUGUAGAACCGGCCUGGACAUGAAGCGCGAGGGCUGCGUCCGGAAGCUCCUGGUGCACUGCGCUAAGCCGAGCGACGCCGGCAUGUACAGCUGCAGCCUCAGCGGCGACGUGGUCACCUUUAUUGUUGCCGUGCAAGCAGACAUGGACACAGAGACAGCAGCUCCAGAGGUGGAUGCAGAGACAGCAGGUCCAGAGCAGAAGGAACCAUCCACGGUCCCCUUCCCACAGGGUUCCUCCAGGUCGCUCCAAGAAGCCCUCUCCCCACAGGGCCCUGUCCCGACUCGGGGCCCAGCUUUCCCCUCUCUCUUCCUCACCUCUCUCUCCUCCUCUUCCUCUCCUCUCUCCUUCUCAUCACCUCGCUUCCUCCUCUUCCUCCCUCUCGCCUCCUCACCCCUCUCUCUCUCCUUGUCUCCUGCAGCUCCUCCGGUCACCUUCAUGGAGAUCCCGGAGGCGGACCUCCUGAAGACAGUGGUGGAGCAGGAGGUGCUGGUCCUUCGGUGUGAGGUGUCUGCUCCUGCUCCUGAGGGGGAGGUGCAGUGGUACCGGGAUGGAGCAGAGGUCUCCUGCUGUGAGCGAGUGGAGGUCCAGGCUGAAGGAACGGUCCGGACCCUGACCCUGAGACCAGCUGAGCUCUGUGACACCGGGACCUAUUCCUGCAGAACCGGAGACAGUGUGCUCAUCUUCAAGGUCACUGUGAGAGAGUCUCCGGUCUCCAUCGUCUUCCCCAAAGAGGACGUGCACCUGGACCGUCAUGUUGGGGAGGAGGUGGUCCUGAGCUGUGAACUGUCCCGACCCAACGGGGCCGUGGUCUGGUUCAAAGACGGACAGAAGCUUCAGGAGAGCGAGAACAUCAAGCUGAAGGAGGAGGGGCCCUACAGGCGGCUGAGGCUGGGGAGCGGGAGACCUGAGGACAGCGGCGAGUACGUCUGCGACACCGACCACGACUCCAUCUUCUUCCACAUCAACAUUACAGAGCCUCCGGUCCGGAUCGUCUCCCCCAGCCAGCCUCAGAUGGAGCUGUGUCAGCAGACCUCAGAGCGCAUGGUACUGAGCUGUGAGAUCUCGCGACCCAACGCUGUGGUGCGAUGGUACCGCGAUGGUCUCCAAGUCGAGGAGAGCCCCAACCUUCUGGUCGAGGAGGACGGAGUCUACAGGCGCCUGGUCAUCCCCAAGACCAGCGUCCAGGACUCAGCCGAGUAUGUGUGCGACACCAGCGACGACUCCAUGACCUUCUUCGUCAACAUCGCAGAGCCUCCUGUUCGCUUCCUCCGUCCCCGUAAGUCUGUGAGUAAAGUGGAGAAGGAGGUGGGCGACUGUGUGCUCCUGGAGUGUGAGGUGUCGCGUCCGAACGCAGACGUGGCGUGGAAGAGGAACGGCGAGGAGGUGGAGGAGACCAGGAACGUCUCCAUCGUGGAGGAGGGAGUCACCCGGCAGCUGCUGAUCCACGCCCUGAGGGAGGAGGAGGCGGGUCUCUACGUGUGCGACGCCAAGGAUGACCUCAUGGACUUCACCGUCACCAUCAAAGAGGCGGCGGUUAGGUUCGUGGGGAAACCCGAGUCCCGCUCAGAGAAGACCUUUGUCGUGGGCGAUGACAUCAUCCUGGUGUGUGAGGUGUCCAGGCCCAAUGCUGUGGUCACAUGGUGCAGAGAGGGGCGCCCCCUGGAGGACAGUGGGAGGUACUGUGCCGAGGAGCAGGGGGUGUUCCGGUCUCUGCUGGUGAUGUGUGCGACCAGAGAGGACCAGGGCGAGUACAGCUGCGAGGCGGGACACGACCACAUGAGCUUCUGUGUCAUUGUCAGAGAUCCUCCAGUUCAGAUCGUGGGGAACUCUGGAGCUCCAGAACGCCACCUGCUGCUAAGCGGAGAGGACCUGGUGCUAGAGUGUGAGGUUUCCCACGGCAACGCUCCGGUGCGAUGGUUGAAGGACGGGCACCAGCUGAGCGCAGACACCAGAGUGACCAUCCAGAGCGUUGACGUGGUCCGCAAGUUUGUACUGACGAAUCUGCAGCCACAGGACUCUGGGGAGUACAUCUGUGACACUGGGGAUGACCAGAUGACCACCAUCGUCCUGGUACAAGAGCCUCCUCUCUCCUUCCUGAACAAACCUCCCUCCGCCUCCUCUCACUGUGCGCUGGAGGGCGACAAUGUGAGCCUCUCCGCAGAGCUGACUCGUGAGUUGGAGAGCGCUCAGUCUGUGCGCUGGCUGAAGGACGAUCUCAUGCUGGUCUCUGGUGAUAACGUCCACAUCGGCAGCUUCGGAGCGGAGCAGCGGCUGACCCUGAGCUCUCUGCAGCUCACAGACUCUGGGGAGUAUGUGUGCGACGUAGGAACCGACCGCAUGGUCUUCAGGCUGACGGUCAAAGAGACAAAGGUGAAGUUUGUGCGUCGGCUGCAGAGUACGGUGGCCCUGCGGGGACACAGCCUGGCGCUCCAGUGUGAAGUGAACAAAGCCUCAGGAGACGUGCAGUGGCUGAAGGACGGACAGGAGGUGGCGCUGUGCCGCAGGUUCAUUAUCCGCGCUGUGGGGACAGAGCGCAGUCUCACCGUCCACCAGGUCUCACAGCAGGACUCAGGAGAAUACAGCUGCGCCUCCACGGACGACCGGACCACUGCGACCGUGACUGUAGAGGACCCUCGAGUGGUGGAGUUUGUUGCUGGUCUCAGGAGCGUCACUGUUAGAGAAGGAGAGGACGCAGUGUUUAAGUGUGUGGUGUCUCCGGAGGAUGUGCAGCUGGUGUGGACCAUGAAGGGAGCGCCCCCUACAGGUGGACGUGUGUCUGUGUCCUGCAACGGCACCUGCCACACGCUGCGCCUCAGUCAGUGCAGAGCGGGAGACGCAGGGACCGUAAGCGCCAACGCCGAGGGAGUCGUGUCUACGGCAGAACUGCAGGUCCAAGAGCCCCAGGUGGUCUUCACUCGUCAGAUGGUCCCAGUCUCUGCAGAGGAGUAUGAGGAGGCGGUGCUGGAGGUGGAGGUGGACCAGGAGCAGGGGGAGGUGCAGUGGAUGAGGCAGGGGGUGCUGCUCCACGAUGGCCCCAAGUACAGGCUCCUGAAGAGGGGCCGCGUCCACAGCCUCAGGGUCCUGGGUCUGGGUCUGGGGGACGCAGGGAGGUACAGCUGCGAGACCCUGCACGACCGGACCCAGGCCACUCUCACUGUCACACCUCGUCAGAUCUCCAUCGUGAAGGGCCUGUGUGAGGUGCGCACCGUGGAAAGAGAAACGGCGUCCCUGGAGGUGGUCGUGUCGCACGAGGACCUGACGGGGACAUGGUCCAAGAACGGGACUCCUCUGAAGAACAGCGCCCACUACAGGAUCAGCUGCAACCAGCGCUCGCACAGCCUCACUAUCGUCCAGCUCAGUGUGGAGGACACCGGGACGUUUACGUUCAGUGUGCAGGGACUGAAGACCUCAGGCCGCCUGGUGGUCCAAGAGCCUCCGGUGACGAUCAUCCGGAAGCUGGAGGAUCAGAAGUUUCCUGAAGGAGCCGUGAUUUCUAUCGAGUGUGAACUGUCCAGACACAACGUGGACGUCAAGUGGAUGAAGAAUGGAGUGGAGGUGAAACCCUCUAAGUCUCUGAGGAUUUACUCUUUGGGCAGAAAGCGUUUCCUGCAGGUGACAAAGUGUGGACUCAGCGACUCUGGGGUGUAUACAUGUGACACAGGAGACAACAGCACCUCCUGCAGCGUGGAGGUCUACGAGAGGGAGCUCCUGGUGCUGCAGGAGCUGGAGGACCAGGAGGUGGAGGAGGAGCAGAACGCUGUGUUCAUGUGUGAACUGUCCGUGGAGGACGUCAGCGGAGAAUGGUUCAAGAAAGGACUGAAGAUACAACAGAGCAGCAGCAUCAGGACCAGGCACGAGGGGACAAAGCACUUCCUGCUCAUGUGCAACGUUCGACCUGAAGAUUCAGGAGAAAUCAAGUUUGUGGCUCGAGACGUGGAGUCGACGGCUUUUCUGGAUGUAGAAGAGCUCCCUGUCUCCAUAGUGAAGCCUCUCCAGGACCAGGUGGCAGUAGAGAGGUCUCGUGUGCUCCUGGACUGUACGGUGUCCACUCCUCGGUGCUCGUGUCGAUGGUAUCGCGGUCUCAGCGUGAUCCUUCCGUCUGACCGCUUCGAGAUCUGCAGCGAGGGAUGCAACCGCAAACUCAUUAUCCAGCAGGUGGCGCUGGAGGACGAGGGGGAGUACAGCGUCCAGGUGGGGGAGGACAGCUGCUCCGCCCGCCUCAGCGUGGAGGCUCAGUCCGUGACCCUGGUCCGUCACCUCUCUGACCUGUGUGUCCGGUCUUCAGAGGAGGCGUGUUUCGAGGUGGAGGUGUCGGCUCCUCUGACGGAGGCUCCGGUCUGGACUCUGGAGGGGGAGGUCCUGGAGCCGGGUCCCAGGGUCCUGGUGGAGAAGAUGGGGACAGUGCACAGACUCACACUGAGAGGGUCCCAGGGGGAGGGAGGGGGGGUGGGCAGGGGUGAGGGAGGGGGGGAGGUGGUGUUUUGCUGCGGCGAGAUGAGAAGCAGCGCCCGACUGAGCAUCUGUGAGUGA